AUGUUUACAGUCACCAAAACGCCGAUACUCUCACAAGUCACACAACUGUAUAGAAAACGUAAUCUCUGGCAAUAUCUGAAUAUAAUCUUCAAUCGAAAAGAUCAACACAGAUGGAAAAAAUUUGGUCCUGAUCGAACAUGCGCCGAAUGGAUCCUUCGUAAUGGCGGCGCUGUCAAAUUAACCUGCUGUCCUGAAUUUCUAAAUGAUUAUAAUCUUAUCCCACCGGAAGGUGAAAAAAUUACAUUAACUGCUGUAGAUGCAACAGAUUCUUCCAUCAUGCACUAUGGUUUUGACCAUUUUGUUGGCUGCACACAACUGGAUAAAAUCAUACUCAACAAAUGUAAUUAUGUCUAUGAUGAUGCAUUGAAAGAACUACAGCCCAUAGGUGGCCAGUUGAAAAUACUACAAGUAACUGGAUGUCACAACAUCAGUGAUGCAGGCUUAUUGCAUCUGACAGCAAUGAAAAGCCUGCAGUAUUUAAAUCUGGGAGCACUCUCAGGUGUUAAGGAUAUUCAAGGUGUAGGAGCACAGUUGAAGGCAGCUCUACCCAAUUGUAAUGUAACAGCAGCAUAAAUUUUCAGUUUAGAUGUGGAUGAGGAGGAUGGAGGUGAUGGUAAGCCAAUUUCGCCACUUUCUAGUUGUUUAAGUAAGCGGAACAAGGCGGCUGCUUCGCGUAUUCGGCUGAAUUCAAUACAAAAUGCCUGCACUUCAAUGAAUAACUCCUAGAAAACAAACAAAAACUAUUUUUUAAAUUUUAUUUAAGAAUAGGAUAUUUACCUGGACGUUUAUAAUCUUGUUUCGUAUAAGACUCUGUAGAAACACGCAGACUAAUCGCACGAGUCGAUUCUGCAUGUAUCUGUCUUUGAUGGUCUCACAAGUUGAGAUGCAGUUCGAAAUAUAAAGAUGUACGAACGCA